AUGAAUCCAACAACGGCCGCCAGCUAUGGCAUCCCGUCUCGACGCCUCGUUAGUGUCGAGCAUCCUGCUGUGGUCCGAAACAUCGAUAAAGCAAUUGAAACGCUGCAGGGAAAUUCAGGAAUCUCAAAAAUCGUGAACCCUCCCAAGCCAGAUUACUCAGCCAAACUGGUAUUGCGGCCAAACGAUGACUUGGCACAGCCUCUGCAGUCAACUAGCUCACAGGCGAAUAACUUCCUACUCAAAGUUACUGUUCCCAAGCGAACGGGCCGCAAGCGCAAGAGAGGCUCGGAUGAGCCAUUCACCGACGCAGUGCCGGAAGGUCCAGAGACUACUCGGCGGCGGACUGUGAAGGCGAUGCGGCGCAGUCUCCAAGAUAAUGCCGAUUCCUACAAGCUUGACCUAUUCGGAAGAAUCGAGAGAACCCACGUCUUCCGAGGUAUGCCGGAAUUUGUGUCUUCGAGCACUAGGAGCUUGUUCACGCAAAAAUUUCGCGAUUAUAUCAUGCCCUAUAAGCUGGAUAAAUUAAAGCAUUUUGAUAUCGAAAUGACUAAAGGUGCCGAUGUCAACGUGGAUAUUAUUCCACCGCCCUCGCUCAGUCAUGACACAGUUCCAUUUCUCUACAUGUAUCGCCAAAACCCAGGAGUCAAACAGACUCUCGACUUAUCCGGCGAAAUCGUCACCUGGAACGCCCAACGAGCUACUAAAAUACGAACCUUCCUAGUGCCCUACGAUAUUCCUGUCGUACCAUCAAAGCCACAGGACUCUCUUCCUCCAAUUGAAACACUUGACUCAGCUCUGCGUGGAACAAUCGAUGCAGUAGCAGCCAUGUUCGAAGAACGACCCGCUUGGACACGUCGCGGAGUGAGGAACCUAUUGAAAUCAGAGGAACAGCGCUAUCUACUCCGACAAGCAGUACCUUAUAUUGGCUACAUGUUCCGCUCGGGACCAUGGCGCGACGCAAUUAUCAAGCUAGGCAUUGACCCACGCAGCUCACCAGACUACCGACAUUACCAAACGUUGAUGUUUCGCCUGAUGCCAGCAGAUCAAGAGCGUGACAGCGGAAAUGGUCGCCGAUUCACCAUUCCCCGACCGGAAAAAGAUAAGCAGGAACUCACAAGUCUCGAAAAGAAUGCAGAGCUUCCGCCCAAAACAUCGCACAUAUUCACCGCCAAACUUCCAUUCGCGCGCGAUGGUCGUAUCUGGAUGCCAUGCGAUAUCAAAGAUCCUAUUCUAGAGAAGAUAUUCUAUCCACCGGAUGACCCGAAUAUAAGAGAACCGCAUAUUCGAUCGACGUGUGAAAUCAUUCAGGAUGGCUGGUUCGGGAAUGGAACCUUGGCUAAAGUGAAGACUAUUAUGCGCACGAAGAUCCAGGCUUUGGUUGAUGAUACUGAGCUUGACGACGGAGAUUUUGAGGGGCUCUUAGCCUUUCCGUCUCACGCAAAUGACGAAAAGGAUAUUCAGCAAUAUUUCCAUAUUGAUCCUGAGAAAGCUCCAGCUCAGACAAUUCAAUAUGCGACGGAAAUCCGCGCUAUGAUGAAGAGUGCGCCUAUUUGGCGGUUGACGCACGAAGGACCGGGAUCUACUGCAUACAACUUCACACAUCAAUUGAGAAGUGAAAAAGAAGUUGAAGGAGAUGUCGAUCUACAAGAUCCUGAGGAUGAAGAGGAAGAACUGGAGCGUGCGGACAUGUUGGCUGAGAGUGUUGAGGCUGCAUGGGCUGAGGCCGAGAUUGAUAAUUCGGACGGAAAUAAGGAUCAAGAUGGGGUCGAGAACGGAGAUUGGGAUUUGGAAGAGGAAUAA